UAUGCUCUGUGUGUUUAUGAUGUUAGUGAUUUAGAUGAUUUAGUAUUUUAUACUGAUUAAAUACUAAAUUACCCGCAUGUUCGUACAAUAAAAUAAAAUAAAUAAAAUUGCGGUAGUUGUAAAAAAUUAUUGAAAUGGUUUAAAACCGGUAUUGUAUACCUUCAUAUUAAACGUUUAAUGUAAUUUCUUACAUAGUUAUGCAGAUACGGUAAAUUAAAAUUUCCAACAAAAAAUGACUACUAACGUAUCACCAAGUAGAUCAAAUAUAAUGUCUUCGUCGCAUCCAAGUAAGGGUUCUUUGACAGAUCGGCCAAGCAGUUGUUCUAAUAAGAGUCUCGUGCACAAUAAAUCAUGUCCUGUACAUUCAAAACAUUUAUCAUACAAGACAAUUGGACAAUGUCAUGAUAAAAUCGAGGAACUAGAAAAACAAAACGCCCGCCUUGUUUCAAAGAUUAAAGUAUUGAAAUUUCAACUGAAAACAUCAUCUAAUUUAUACAAUAAUAUUCAUCAAAGACCAGAAAAACCUUUAUCAAGACAUUCACAAAGGUCAACACCAAUAAAAUUACAAAAAAUUUCAAGAUUGUCUAGAGUAGGUUUUGAUGAAAAUGAAAAGACUAUUAAACUUCCCGAAAGAAAAUUUGAAAGCACAGAAUCAUUUGAUAGUGAAAGUAGCUUAGUAGAAAAUAAAAGUAAAUUUAAAGGGAAUAUUGAACUAAUACAAUCUCACAGAGUUAUCAAAAGUAUGGAGAUUCAAAUGGAAACUAUACAAGCUCAGUGUAAAGCUUUUGAACAAAAUAUAAUGGAUAUUAAUGAAUUGUUGGAUAAAGAACGUGAUGAACAUGACAAAUUGAAAGAAAUAUUGAUUAAUGAAAGACAUGCUUUAAGUGAACUAAAGCCAAAAUAUAAUGCUUAUAAAGAGACUAAUAAAGUAUUAGAAGAACAAAUUCGUGACUUACAAAGAGAAAAGCUAUCACUCAGAGAACACAACCAGAAACUGCUACAACUUACUUCCAAGCCACAGCAUCAAAAUAACGGACUAAAGUUAAAAGAAUUGGAGGAAAAUUUUUCCGACACUCGAACUGGACUUUUAAAACAAAUGGAAGAAAAUAGUAAAUACAUCGCAGAUUUAAAAGGGACAAUACAUGAAAAUGAAGUAAAGCUGUCUAAUUACGCAGAUGAGAAUAAAUGCUUGAAGAAUCAACACUUGGAACUAUCUAAAAUAUUAGAAAUAAAAGAGAAUGAAAUUACAAAUAGACAUAAAGAAAUUGAUAAUAUUCUGCAAGAGAAUGACAACUUAAAAAAAAAACUUGAGACAAAUAGUGCCAUUUCAAAAGAAAAUGAAAGUGAAGUGAUCACAAUACAUCAAAAUUUGGAGUCAGAAGAAAAAAGGCUAAAAAGUCAAAUUCAAGAGCUUCAACAAGAACAAUUAAAAAUUAAUCAAACGUUGAACUCUCAGUCUUAUUUAAACACAAUGCUAAAAGAUAAGGUAGAUCAAGCUGAACGUGAUAUAAAAACGGCAGUACAGUUUAUUCAAAUAUGUAUGGACCUAUUUAAGGAUAUUACAACAUUAGAUCUAUCUGAACCCCUUGUGGCCACUUUAGAAAUAGUAGAAAAAGCAGUUUGUUCUAUUAAGAAAAGUAACGAAAUUAAUGUUGAAAACAAGGAGUUCGAAGAACUAGUAAAUGAAAUCCUAGAAGUGUUGGUUAUGUUCAGAGAUCGGAUGGUUAAAAGACAAACAAUCCUAAAUCAAGAACAGUGGACCAAAAAACCAAUAGUUAAUUUAAUUACAGAUACCAUAGCUAAAAGUGAGAACACUACUAUAAUUCGAGAAAAUUCAGCACAACUAGAAAUCAAUAUUAAUAGUCUAAACUUCUCAACAGAAAGUAUACAACAUUUAAAGUCGCUACAGUCGGAACCAAAUAUUUUUCUCACGUGGGGUUUUAAAGACCAGGAAGAUGUAGCUUAUUCACCUAGUCGUCUAGCAUGGUCUGCUGAUUUCAACUGCAGUUGUUUCUACCGUAGUAAUAGUAGCUCAGAACUUUUACAUUUUGUUGCAAAGCAUGGCUUAUUUAUCAACGUACACUUGGUAACGGGAAAAUCGUCUCCAGUUGUAGCUGCGGGAUUAGUGAAUACCGUGGAUUCAAUAAACAAUCCAAUGAUUAAAUUUAAUUUGAUUGUACCAAUCACGGGACAAAAUAUCGAUGCAAAAUUAAAGUGCUCAAUACAACUUAUUUGCGAUUGUCAUGAGAUUCAAACGUAUUCACAGAUGGUUGAUGAUGAAUAUAGUAAUAUCGGAACUCCUGUAAACAAAACAUUAUUGAUACCAUCUACGCCAAAUAAUUCAUACUAAAAAAAAAUCUUACAAUAAUUUAAUAAUUUUUACUUAAUUUUUAAUAUACAUUAAUAUUGUGAUAUUAGAUUUAUUGUAUAUUUACAAGGUGCUUCAUGAUAUAAAUAUAUAUUUUUUUUUUUGUUAAUGGCGUGGACUGUGGAAUAUAAGAUGUACUUAUAAAUUGCAGUGGUAUAGACACUAGCCGGUGAGUUAGGCUGGAGGCCCAUAGUUUUAAAAAAUAAAUAAGAGUACACGGUUUGAAAAUAUUUUUACCUACUUCUUAAAAAAUGGAAAUCAAGACAUUAAAAGCUCUAAGCGAAGCGAGGAAUGUAUUAAUUUUGUUACUCUGCGUCCACAAGACCACUAACAACAUUUUGAAGAACAUCGUGGGACAUCUACAAUAGCAGUAUUAUUAUAAAUUAUAAUUAGUGUUCAAGCUAGUGUAUAUUAUAAUUUAUAAUAUUAUAUAUUAACCUAUUACAAACCACCAAUGCAUAAAUUUUAUAUUCUUCAACUUGUGUGUGAUAGAAGACGACAAUUACAAGCGUAGAGAACAAACAAAUAUAAAAUGUUAAAACAUUUGAUCUUUAUUUCUAAAAUCUGUGAUAUAAGUUUAUGAAUAUGUUUGUUGAAUACAAUUUUUUUAUUUACAGGUAUUACAGAAAUUGUAAAUAAUUUUAUUUAUUAAAUAUAAGUUGUUACUUUUGUGAUACAAAGGUACUUAAUAAAUAAUAACUAAUACCUGUAAAAUGUGUGUUGUUGCU